CCGGGUAUAUAUGUCUUGGGUCGUCUUCACGCUGCCUGCACACGGCACGUAUAAGCAUUCUGCACACAGUACUAUACGUAACAGUUGCAUGUAACACACCCAUAGGCGCACAGUACAGGAAAAGUUCUUCAUUCAAAAUGGCGUACCUACGUACCGUGUGCACCAGAUUUCUCUUGCUCGCCAUCCUGACAAACUUUCUUGCGAUCACGGUCGCAAGCUUGACGAGGGACCCGAGGGAAAUACACGAACACGAGGAUGAUGACGACUACGUGGAAAUUGGAAAUUAUCUUUUGGAGGUUGAGCUGGCGGAUAUGAGAGAGGAAUUCGAUUUUUUGAAUAAUCCGGAACAGAAUGUGACGUUUGAUCAAGUUGUUAGUUUGGUCGAAAUAGUUUUCGGACGGAUCAAUUGUGAGCAACGGGUCGAUAACUGUUCUAAGUGCCAACAUGACUUCACAUCUGACGUCUUUUCCAGCCUCCAUAUCGACGUUGUCGACGGACUCGAUGACGCCGCGUUUCUCCGUGCUAGUCCCUUAUUCCUCUUCGGAGCGUACGAGAUGGUGGCGGUAUGCCAGGCCGGUCGUGGCGGCACAGAUCUCACUGAAAGUGUGGUGAUGGCGUCACUCAAGAUGGCGGCACCUGAUUCGUCUAACUUGACCUUGACUGAGAAUGACCUGGAAGUAAUCUUGGAAUCGAUCCAUGACAGCUAUGCCGAGUCAACGAACGCGAAGUGCUUUAGCGUUGAAUCUGUCUUCGACGAAACCGUGAAUGAUCACGAAGCAGGGGCUGACGAUGACGAGCUCCAGUAUGCGGCGCAGGCCGUGGUCGCCGGUCUACUACAAGGGUACUGCAUAGGAGAACCCAUUCUGCCCUCGACCACGGACUUCACCGAGGCAAUUUCCGACACGUAUGCGACGUUGGGCGUCAUUCCCGAGGAAGAGUUCGCGCACAUGCUGAUAGACCUCGGAAUCGGUGGGGAAGAUGGCCACGACCAUGAACACGCCCGUAGGAGGAGGGACGUCAUAGCAACACGCUCGAAGGGGCGGAGCAUAGAGAAGCGAGCUACGGUAUUGGCUGAUGAUCACGACCACGCCAAUCAUAGCCAUUCACACGUUGCGAACGUUACAACGACAUGCUUUUCGAGCGAAGAACUACUAGACAUAUACGGUAUUGACCAUGAAGCUGGAAUUACCGAAGAACAGUUCAACGAACUUUCUCCGUCACUGGUGCAACAAAUCUUGAGUGGAGCAUGCGAAAUUACAACCACUGAGCCAUCGGAUAUCUCCAAAGCAAAAAUGUGGGGAUACGGGACUCUAGCAGUUUUCAUCAUCAGCCUGUUUGCGGUGCUCGGUGGGUUGUUCGUCCCUUGUAUGUCAGAAGGUUUCUAUGACAAGACCAUACAAACAAUGAUAGCUUUAGCCGUAGCUACUCUGACUGGUGAUGCUGUCUUACAUCUUUUACCACAGGCCGUGGGUCUCCACACCCACGACAGCAGCGGUCACAGCGCUCAUGCGCCUACGAGCCCGGAGAUGGCGUAUAUCUGGAAGUGUCUUGUCGUCGAGAUGGCCAUUUACGUAUUUUUCGUCUUCGAGCAGCUGACUAGUUUCACGAAGUGUGGUCACUCCCAUCACAGCCAUACACAAUCGGCGGAUGUAGAGAUGACAGCUAACGGGCAACGAGGGCGUGCUAUGUCGGGACAAGGAUCUUUUGCUAAUGGCAAAAACGGUCUAUCUCUCUCAGAAUCAAAGAGCGAACUAACAGCUAAUGAGGUAAAGGCAUUUGAAACUGAAACACCUCUCCCGACCGAAGAUACUGAUUGCUGUGUAAGGGGUAAGUUUUGA